CAGGUGUACCUCCAGACCCAAGACAUGUCCUGCUGCAACCCGUGUGUGCCAUGCCAGCCCUGCGGCCCAACCCCGCUGGCUAACAGCUGCAACGAGCCCUGUGUCAGGCAGUGCCAGGACUCCCAAGUCGUCAUCCAGCCUUCCACCGUGGUGGUCACCCUGCCGGGACCCAUCCUCAGCUCCUUCCCCCAGAACACCGCCGUCGGAUCCUCCUCAUCAGCUGCCGUGGGCAGCGCCCUCAGCGCCCAGGGAGUGCCCAUCUCCUCUGGGGGCUUUGACCUCUCCUGCAUUGGCAGCCGCUACUGUGGCAGAAGGUGCUUCCCCUGCUAA